GAGGAAUGUGACGUGGCGCCUACGUGGCGGAUCAUCCUCCAAGGAUGGUCCAUCACCAUACCUUGUAGUCUUAUAGUUGAUUGUAAUUUAUAUUUAGAUAUCUUAUCAUUCGGGGCUAACCACGAUUGGUUAAUUAGUGGGGGUUUUGAGGUCUUCAUGUGUCUAUUCAACUAAGCAGUCAACUAAUAGUGGGUUGUGAACUCGUUCGCACACUUCAUUGAAUAUAUCUUUUUGCAAACGAACUUGUAAAUUGUAGAUAGUCGAAUUGCAUCACCACCUAUCACACAUACCGUUGCAUUCAUCAGUACCCCACGUUUCAGCGGGUCUUCACUUGUUGCAAUUAUGUGACGCCUCGAUCUCCACACGAAACAAUUGACUUUUAUUGUAACCCAGUUAACCCAAUCAUGUAUAUAGCCCACGUGAUUCGUUGAACUUUUUCCUUUCGUUAGCCGCAUAGAUUAGAGAACAAAAUUACAUGAGAUGUCUCUCAGUCACAAGUUGUCAUUUCCUUCUCUUAUCUCCAUGUUAUUAAGAAGACCAACCAUUCACUUGCCGAAUUCACACCUCUUUUCCGGUUUCAAUUGGUAUCCCCAUGUUUAUUCCUUUUAAUUUAUCGUAAAGUGUGGAAUGGUUUGGAAUUUGGAAACUUCUGAUUACUCUAUAUAUAUAUAUGUGUGUGUGUGUGUAAAUUAUUACAGGCCCUUUUCAUAGUCAGCCCAUUUUCACUUUUCAUCUCAAAAUCCAUUAUAAAACCCCACUAAAUCAAACCAUGAAUCCAGUUUCUUACCCGCCAGUUUCUUCAUAAGGUUAGCAUUCCCUCUUUUCUUCUCCAAUUUACCCACAUUUUUUUUUCUGUUUCAUAGAGUAAUUAUUAGCCUCUUUGCAUAUGCCUAUGAGGUGUUCGAUGAAAUGCGCCAGUGGGUGAUUUUGUUAUAUGUGUUUGAUCUUAUAUGUCCUGAUGUCUGUGUGAAUGAAUGCUUCAGUUCCUUACAUUUCCAGCCCUGUUAGAUAUGGGUUGCAAAGAUUUAGAAGAUGUUUAUUAAGAUGUCUGAUCUCUCUAAUGAAGAUCAAUAAUUAUGUCUUGCAGUUGACUCAAACCGCUAACUUUUAAAAUUCAAAAACCACAUUUUUUGUGAUUUUGCGAUGAUCAUUUCCAACUUCAGGAUUCGCCAUUGUACUCAUAAACCGCACCCAGAUCAUAUAUUAACCUUAUCAUACCAUACGCGAUCGCUUCUACGUCCCAAAGAAGAUCCCGCUAAUUGGAACACGACUCAUUCUUCCAUCCUUUCAAACCCACUUUUAUCUACAUUGGAAAAAUGCAAAUCCAUGGACCAGAUGAAACAAAUCCAGACACAAAUGAUCAUCACGGGAUUAAUCCAUGACGGGUUUGCCGCAAGUCGGUUACUUGCCUUUUCCGCACUCUCAGAAUCAAGAAAUCUUGAUUACUGUAAAAGAAUAUUGAACAGUUUACGUUACCCAAAUGUGUUUUCAUGGAAUGUAUCAAUUAGGGGUUGUUCCGAGAGUCAAAAACCGGAAGAAAGUCUUUUGUUGUAUAUCGAGAUGUUAAGGAGGAGUAAACCAGUGCGACCGGAUAAUUACACGUAUCCGUUUUUGCUUAAAUGUUGUGCGAAGUUGUUGUUGAUUCGGAUGGGUGUUGGGCUUAUCGGGCAUGUUAUUCGUUCGGGUUUUGAUACCGAUGUGUACGUACAUAAUGCCGUUAUUCAUAUGUUGGUGUCUUGUGGGGAGCUAGACGAUGCACACAAGGUGUUCGAUGAAAGUUGUAUGAGAGACUUGGUAUCUUGGAAUUCGAUUAUUAACGGGUAUGUAAAGAGCGGGAAGCCGUGGGAGGCGUUGAGAUUGUACCGACAGAUGUACGAAGACGGGAUUUUGCCGGAUGAGGUUACGAUGAUUGGAAUGAUAUCUUGUUGCGCUCAAUCGGAAAACUUGAAUCUCGGGAUGGAAUUUCAUCGAUACGUUGAAAACAAUCAAAUAAAGAUGACGGUUCCACUUGUUAACGCCUUAAUGGACAUGUACAUAAAGUGCGGGGACAUGGAGACUGCGGAGCGUUUGUUCAACAAGAUGACGGUGAAAACAAUCGUGUCGUGGACCACCAUGAUAGCCGGUUACGGUAAACACGGUCGUAUGGAUGCCGCCAAGAAACUGUUCGAUGAAAUGCCUGACAAAGACGUAGUUCCUUGGAAUGCCUUGAUCGGUGGUUACGUACAAACUAAACGGUUCAAAGAAGCGUUAUCAGUGUUCCACGAAAUGCAAUCUACGAACGUUUAUCCCGAUGAAGUCACCAUGGUUUAUUGCUUGUCCGCAUGUUCACAAGUCGGAGCACUCGAUCUCGGAACAUGGAUGCAUCGUUACAUCAAAAAACAGAAUCUUUCUAUAACCGUUGGUGUAGGCACCGCGUUAGUCGACAUGUACGCCAAAUGCGGUAACAUAGAAACCGCACUCCAACUGUUCGACGAACUUCCCAGCCGAAAUUCGUUAACAUGGACCACGAUAAUCGUCGGUCUAGCCAACAACGGAAACGCUCACGACGCAAUAUCACGUUUCAACGAGAUGAUUCGUGUCGGUCUGACGCCAGACGAGGUGACGUUUCUCGGCGUUUUGUCAGCUUGUUGCCAUGGCGGUUUGGUACACGAGGGUCGUGAAAUUUUCACCCAAAUGACAUCGAAGUUCAACGUUUCGCCGAAAUGUAAACACUACUCGUGUAUGGUAGACCUUCUUGGUCGGGCCGGGUUGCUGAACGAAGCCGAAGAGGUUAUAAACAACAUGCCGAUUAAACCGGAUGACGGUGUGUGGGGAGCGUUGUUUUUUGCGUGCAGGAUUCAUAAGAACAUUGAGAUGGGUGAACGGGCGGGGUUUAAGCUUCUUGAACUGGACCCGAGUGACGGUGGGAUUUAUGUGUUGUUAGCGAGUAUGUAUUGGGAAGCGAAGAUGUUCGAGAAGUCGAUGGAAGUGAGGAAGUUGAUGAGGAUACGAGGGGUAGAUAAGACGCCUGGUUGCAGUUCGGUUGAGAUUAAUGGACGCGUUUAUGAGUUUCUAAUUAGAGACAAAUCGCACCCUCAAAAUCGAGAAAUUAGUGAAGUCUUGGUUCAUUUGACGAAACAACUUGUCGGUUUUGAAGAUUUAGAUCGUCACUUCGUUCUACUGUCAAGUGCUUAGUAAAUCAGCAAGAAAUAUCGAGAUUUACGACAUUCAAGCACCUUACUAGCGUUAUCUUUCCUAGAGGUUGUAAAGUAGAUGGGUUGGGCUGGUUGGACCCGAAACAUGAGGCUGCCGCAAAGUUGCAAAACCAAAAAGUUUAUAAAAGCUUUCGGACGCGAAGAAAGCUGGUUAGUAACACUUGUCCGGGGAUCUCUUAUUUUGCUAAUGCAGUGUUUUCGUGAUUGUUGGAUUCUGCAGAACUCAAUAGAAGUUCUAUAUCAUUUUUCCAUAUUCAUAAACAUGAAUCCGCUAUAUCGCGUUCGGACAGAGCAAAAACAAGUGCUGCCAAGGUUGGGAAAGGGUUAUUAAAGAAUGGUUAGGCCCAGAAGCUUGCUUUGCAGCAUUGGCUUGAGGCGGUAGUGGAAGCCGUGGUCUUACAUGAUUUUUCUAACAUUGUUUAUAUAUUAUGUAUACAGAUCGAUCAAAGACAUCGUUAUGGUCACAAUCUUCACUUGUAUUACUUAAAAUGGCUGUGCAUUUUUAAGCAAAUAACACUUUUCUUCCUGGUGAGAACAUGUUACAAAAAUGGCUGCAUUUUUUGUAAGGAAAUAACACUUCUCUUA